GCUCACGUUCGACCAGUCCCAGCGCCACGAUUGCCGUGCCCAUGCUGCCACGCAUCGUGUUCGACUUUUGGAAAUAUGUAUAGUCUGCAUACGUUACCCUUUCCACCGCCUCCAACGCCCCCCUCUUACAGAGCAGCGAGUGGGCGCCGGACAAUCUUGCGGCCUGCGCUGGCGCCAUGAACAGCCGACCCGUGUAGCAUUGUGCAGCAUACAUACCGAGCAUCGUACGGUUUGGCCUAAGCAGCCCCUGCAACCAUGUCGCUGAAUGGGCACAUCCCCUUGUCACGGACAAACACCGCGACCAAUGCAGAGAAGGAGCUGCGCGGACAGAUGCCUCCUCUGCAGACCAAAUCGCUGGACCGCAACAACACCACACAACCGCGCCCACUGACCGCUGCCAGAACGUCGACGUCCGAAAUCAUGUCGAACGAUGGGAGCCUCAAGUCGCCCACUUCGCCUACUCGACACAAGCGCUUUGUCUUGACCGACAUAGUUGCGUCCCGUUACCUCGAAGACGAUCCCCACACCACGGUCCUUGCACGCCGGCAAACGAUCGAAGGCUACGAAAUAUACCUGGUGGAACAAUGGGCUUGUUCUCGAACGCACCCUACCUUUCUCAUCACCACCUACACCGGCAAUCCUCAAGAUACAGUGCUGGCCACGAUCAUCAGCGUGCCUGCGGACGAAGCGAGAUGGUCACCAGCGAUGCAGUUAUAUUUCAACUCGCUAAAUGAGUAUCAUGCUAAGAGAAGGGAUACACCAUACGGCACGUUAAUGAUCACCAACCUGAACGGCUUUCCUUCGUCCCUGACUGUCAUCCCAAUCCCUGGCGGGGACGUGCGAAAGUACAAAGAAAUCUUCUAUGUCAAUGAGAACCUGAAGAGACUGGGAUGCUCGGGUCGUUUGGGCAUUAAACUUGCAUCGCCGAGUGGUGCGACCGAGGCCAAGUUCCACCAGCUUUACCGUACCAGCGAAAAGAUCCCCUUGAACGGCGCAGUCAUUGAGCUCGUGAAGCUUUGCCAAGUUGCACUAGUCCUGUUUGGCAAGCUCGAACCAGAGUAUGCAGAUGGCCUUCUCUGCGAUGUCACGGAGAAGGCGAUCAACGACUGGUGGGUAGAAUUUGGUGCGGAAUACUAUGCAGUCGAGCCGCACGAUGGCAUUCUCGGUCCCACUACGGUCGCUGCUCUGUUGGGUAUGCUCAUGGGUGCCCGCAACCGCUUGAGCGCACUCAACGCACCAGUCGCCAAGGAUGUGUUCGACAUCGAGAGCACGAAGAAGGGCAUCGCACACUUUCAAAAGUCCCACCAUAUUCCAAGAUCAAAGCGGUUGGACCGGCAGACGCUCGAUAAGCUACGCAGAGCAACUGCGAAGGCUGCGACUAAAGAAGGCUGGGGUGUACCUAGAGCUUUCAAAUCAACAGUAGCCGAGCUGGGUGGGAAGGGCGGUGAAAUGGUGAUGGGAAUUGUAGGUGCUGGAGAGAAAGAUGGUAUCGCCGAAGUAGAGACGGUGGACAUCGAUCGGUUUGUGGAACUCGUUCGUGGAGACCACGCAAAGUGGCUGUGGUAUGGUCGGGCUCGAAAGACAGGAUCUGGCGAUAUGUUCGAUCGAUUACCGGAUGAGGACGGCCAGACAUCUCCAGUUGUACUACAGGAUCGCAGUCGAAACUCCCUGAAGAGACAAUCCACGCUCGAGGAAACCAAGUUGCCUCGACAAGAAGUCACGCGAGACGAUCACAAGAAAGAGGUGUUCAGUCCUGAUGGCACGGAGCCCAAAGAUCGAGAUCCGUUCUCGAAGCGUGCAGCGAUCAAGGCAAGGCUUGACCCCGAGCGGGGCUUCCACCGCAUCAAAGACGCUGUUGGUCUCCGUAGCCAUGCCAGCAAAUCCUCAAGGGACGAGCAGACACGACUGCAACUUCAAGGCUUGCGAACAGGGCUCAAUGCACAGCAGCCUGACCUGGAUGGAGUAUACGACGACGGAAACGAAUUAUCGGGCGUCAUGUCAGCUCAACGUAUCGCUACAGACCUCGAACCCUCUUUCGCCAAAGUCCUUACUGAGACGCCGCACGACUCUGCCACUAAUCUUGUGCUGAACAAAGCUGCAUCGACACUGAAUGGCGAUCUUGAGUCGCUGGGUUCUAAACUCGCAGUCGCCGAAUCAGAAGCUUCCACCCAGCCACCUACUGCUGAACCCUCAGUAGCCGGAUCAAUUUAUCACGGGAUCGCAUUAAACGAGGUACUGCCUCUUGAGGAAGUGCAUGCCUUCCCUCCACUCCUCCGACGCACACAGUCCGCCGAUCAACUGGAACUCUACGGCACUCAGCACAGUGACGAAUGGUGGCCACGUCAUCUCUCCUUCAGUAUUACCGAAGAGAGCGUGUUGACGUGGGAAGGUGUAGUUAGCGCUGACGUUGACGAAGACGCCAUCGAUGACACCGACACGUCUGCAGUGGCACUUGUUAGGCAGCAAGUCACCUACUCUUUGCAGUCCGAGCAACUAAAGCGCCUCCACCAUCGUCUUGCUGUUUUGUCGGUCACAGAUUCAUCCUGGGUCAAGUUUCGUCUGGAUGAGAUCAAGGAUCUAGAUGCCGCUGCCGACGGUGAUAUCGGAACGCUCGAGUCCAUCUACUACCCACGCUUGGACACCUAUCAUUCCUUGCGCGAGAACACGCACGCCGUAAUCACCAACAACCGCGCUCAGCUCACCGCCUCGUUGCGCGAAUUGGACAACGUCAACGAUAAACUCGAGUAUGAGAUCACCGCCUUGCGAGGCAAGGUCGAAGACGUUGAGGACUUUGUAGACGAAUUUGAAAAGCAGGUUGAGUAUGUUUGCGACCGCGUUGAGGAACUAGAGACGACGCUUGGUGGGAGAGAGGGCUGGUGGCAUUGGAUCUUCAGAAAAGCGACUGGUCUUGGAAGUCGGCCCGCAUAGACGAUAAUAUCGUCACAUAGUUUAGAAUGGCGUUGGCAACGGCUCUCGUUUUGUAUACCCAUAGCAUCGUUUCACUUUCCUAGAAGACAGUUGUAGAGACGCGCACAAGCUGUCAUGAGCUCCUAUGCUCUAAGCGCGCUAGCAAUUCUCACAAUAUCCUCACCCACCAA